ACACGAUUUUUAUGCUUGUUUGUGGCUCCUUGGAACGACGUCGUUAGCAUGGCCAAAACCCUCCCCCAAAACCCCCUUAGAUUUCUGCAUAGAUCUCCGUGAAGAAGAAGAAUGGGUGGUGAAGGCCCUCUGCUCUUUGCCGGCAAACCGAAAAAAUCGAAGCUGAAGGCAUCUGUGGCUCAUCCCCCUCCACCUCCGCCUCGUCAACCACAACGUCCGAAGGGGUUCUUCCGCAGCCGCUAUAGGGUUAUCGUUCCACUCUUGCUGGCCCUCAAUUUCUCCAUCGGAGCCUAUGUUCUUGUGAAGACUACAUUAAGAGAUAGGAGAAUUUCAGAGGAGAAAGUGGCUGAAGGACUUACUAGUUCUAGAUCAGAGGAGAAAGUGCCUGAAGAAAUUACUGGUUCUAGAUCGACAUCCACAGCGUAAAAGCUAGAGGUGAAUAAGAAAUUGAAGAAGCCUAGACCCUUGAGAGGCUGAAGGGAAAUUGCAUAGAUGAGGAGAAAGCUCUGAAACAGUUACAGUCAAAGACAUUUCCCUCCACAACUUUCUGAUAAGUUUCUUACUUAUGAAGAUCAUUGAGUAGUUCUUCUAUUCACUAAAAAUCCCAUUGGUGAUGUUUAGAAUCAGAAUUUAGAAUCAAUAUUUCUAUUUUGAAAUGAAGCUUUGUUGUGUUGGUAUUGCUUUAGUUCAGAUGUGGAAAACUGUGGUUAAAAUUGAUAGUAUUUCAAUUUUUUGGGGGGUAAUUUACAGUUAAUGCAUUUUCCUUAUCUCCUUGAUUUAUCA